AUGCCCACUGCCCAAAAUGAGGCUGCCGAGAUCUCCAUCGAAAAGUUCGACGGAGACAGCUACGCGACAUGGAGCCGCUACAUGAGUGGCGAGUUCCUGACCAAGUCGACGUGGCACGUGGUGAACCGGGAGACGUCGCCGACCUACGCGGACGAUCGCAUUAUGGACGACUACGUCAAGGUUACCAACAUCGCGUUCGGACUGACGUUGCUGCACAUGAACGCCGACUACCAUCACAUCGUCGACGUUUGUGAGGAGGCGUGGGUCGCGUAG